GAUUUCAGUUCCCUCGUUUGUAUCGCCUCCUUGUGGCUUUCUCUUCAAUUCUAUCGCCCAUUUUCCUCUACAAAAGCCUAAAAGCUUCUCACACAUGACACAUUCUUAGCAGAUUUCAUCAGUUGCACUAAAUUGUCCAUUUCCUUUCAGCAUUUGCAUAAUAAUCGUACUGGAAUCGUCAUUCAUCAAUGGCUUCUUUUAGUGUUCCUUGUCCUAAGAUAUCCUCUCUCUUGGGCGCUUCAUUGGAGUUGGAGAACCGUCAGGAGCAUCGCCCAUGUAUCGCGUCGUUUCCUCGAUCUGAUUCUAGAUCGAAUCUGGGCCCUUUGUUUCUCCCUCAGGGAUGUAGCCGGAGCCAAUCUGAUGUUAGGGUGUGUGCACAGCUGAAUGAGGUUGUUGUUGAGAAAAUAUCAAAUUCUGCACCAGCUUUUGAGACACAAUUGGCCGAAGAAGUGGAAAACCAAUACACAGUUCCAGAUGCACCAUCCAUUUCAGCAUUCAUGACCCAAGUGGCGGAUCUUGUCAAACUAGUAGAUUCAAAAGAUAUAAUGGAGUUGCAGCUUAAGCAAAUGGACUGUGAAGUCCUUAUAAGAAAAAAGGAGGCAUUGCCACAGCCAUCAGCUGCAGCUCCAGUUUUUUACGCACAACCUUCCACUGAGCAGGCUAUGGUUUCGCCACAAUUGCCUCCUUCAAAUGUCCCUGCUCCUGCUUCUCACAUUCCUUCAACUCCAAAUCCAGUGCCAGCACCACCUGCUCUGGCGAAACCAAAGUCAUCACAUCCUCCAGUAAAAUGUCCCAUGGCUGGAACAUUUUAUCGUGCUUCUGCCCCAGGAGCAACACCUUUCGUGAAGGUGGGAGAUAAGGUCCAAAAAGGGCAGGUAGUAUGUAUUAUCGAGGCCAUGAAACUGAUGAAUGAGAUUGAGGCUGAUCAAUCUGGAACCGUAGUUGAUAUACUUGUAGAUGAUGGGAAACCUGUUAGUGUGGACAUGCCUCUGUUUGUCAUUGAGCCAUGAAAUGAAAAAAGUCAAUCCUCCUAUCAAGUUCGAUGACUGAAGGCAUGUUAAGUAUCAGUUUUCCUUUUUCUUGUCCCUUGGGAUUAUAGCAUGUUUUGGUGUUACAAGUGUAUUUGCCGUAUUAUAGCUACACUAUAUGGUGCUCAAGAAUUCAAUAACAAUAGAAUUUUCUAAGCAAAUAUGUGGGUGCAUAAUAUUUAGUCACUUUGAUAUUGUGUGGUCUCUCUCACCGGAGAUCUUUCAUUCUAUUAGUUCAUUUAUCAAUAACUUAUUUCUUGCAA